GGCUCCUAAGUCUGUUUUCCUCUUUGGGUAGAGCUGCGGUCCUGUGGAUCUCCGGAGCGCUCCUCCAGCACCUUGGGAAAAAAAAGGGAGAAGAAUUUUUUCUUAAGAAAAGCUCUUGGCAUAGCCAGCAGGUUAGAACAUUUCCAGGCAUCUUUUUGAAAGUGAAGAUUCCUUUAGUGGGCAUCUUUUUUGAUUUUUGUUUUUUAAGCUCCACCUGCUUAAGGAUACUUUUCCUUAAGCAAGAGUGAAAUCUUUGGCUGAAGAGUCAUUUUGGAUUUGGGGUUUUGUCUUGUCCGGAGCCAGUCGACUCAACUCAAUCAUGGUGAUGUUCAAGAAGAUCAAAUCUUUCGAGGUGGUCUUUAACGACCCCGAGAAGGUGUACGGCAGCGGGGAGAAGGUGGCCGGCCGGGUGGUCGUGGAGGUGUGUGAAGUCACUCGAGUCAAAGCCCUGAGGAUCCUGGCUUGCGGCGUGGCUAAGGUCGUGUGGAUGCAGGGCUCGCAGCAGUGCAAGCAGAGCCUGGACUACCUGCGCUACGAAGACACGCUCAGCCUGGAGGACCAGCCCACAGGUGAGAACGAGAUGGUGAUCAUGAGACCUGGAAACCAAUACGAGUACAAGUUCAGCUUUGAGCUUCCUGAAGGGCCUCUGGGAACAUCCUUCAAAGGAAAAUACGGUUGUGUAGACUACUGGGUGAAGGCUUUUCUUGAUCGCCCCAGCCAGCCAACUCAGGAGACCAAGAAAUACUUUGAAGUGAUGGAUCUGGUGGAUAUCAAUACCCCUGAUUUAAUGGCUCCAGUGUCCGCUAAAAAGGAGAAGAAAGUUUCUUGCAUGUUCAUUCCCGAUGGACGUGUAUCGGUCUCCGCUCGAAUUGACAGAAAAGGAUUCUGUGAAGGUGAUGACAUUUCCAUUCAUGCUGACUUCGAGAAUACAUGCUCCCGCAUUGUGGUCCCCAAAGCAGCCAUUGUGGCUCGCCACACUUACCUUGCCAACGGCCAGACCAAGGUGUUCACGCAGAAGCUGUCGUCGGUGAGAGGCAAUCAUAUUAUUUCGGGGACAUGCGCAUCAUGGCGAGGCAAGAGCCUUCGGGUGCAGAAGAUCAGGCCGUCUAUUCUGGGCUGCAACAUCCUUCGAGUUGAAUAUUCUUUGCUGAUCUAUGUGAGUGUCCCCGGGUCCAAGAAAGUCAUCCUUGACCUACCCCUGGUGAUUGGCAGUAGGUCGGGUCUAAGCAGCCGGACAUCCAGCAUGGCCAGCAGAGCUAGCUCGGAAAUGAGCUGGAUAGACCUGAACAUCCCUGAUACUCCAGAAGCUCCUCCUUGUUACAUGGAUAUAAUUCCUGAAGAUCACCGAUUGGAGAGCCCAACCACUCCGCUGCUGGAGGACGCUGAUGGAUCUCAAGAUAGCCCUAUCUUUAUGUAUGCUCCUGAGUUCAAGUUCAUGCCACCACCCACGUACACUGAGGUGGAUCCUUGCAUCCUCAAUAACAAUGUCCAGUGAGCGCCCGGAAGAAAAGAAGCAGCUGUGCCUACUCAUUUCUUCCCACCUCUUGUGGACUCUCACUUUCUUAGAGACACUGUGGUCUCUGCAGUGGGAUAUGGGUCCCCCCCAGCCUCAGACUCCCUGAUGCAGGCCGUGAUCAGCAGGCAGUUCAGGCCUCAGAUGGCAUGGACUUAUCAGCCGGCGCCAAAGUUGGGAUAUAGGAGUGUUUGCUGGAUGGGUUUAAAAACACACUAGAGAAAUUCAGCCUCAUUCUAUUUUCUCAGAUCUCCGUGAAGAUUGAGGCAUUUUCAGUAGUUGGAGUUACAGCCUUGAAAUCACUUUAAUUCAGGCUGAUCUCGAACUUGCAGCAAUCCUGCCUCGGCGUCCUGAGUGCUGGGAUUAUAGGUGUGCACCACCACCCCAGGCUCCCAAUUUUUUUUAAAAAAGGAAUUACAGAUUGUUGGAAUAACAUCGAACUUCCAACUCGUGCCAUGUGGAACAGAAUCAGUUUAGUGAACUAAGCAAAAGAGGUUUUUAAAAUCAAUGUUUCCCACUUACAAGAAAAAAAAAUGUUCCAAGGCUAAUUUGGUUUCGGCUGUAGAGUGCUUCUCCUGUGGGAAGCUUUUCUGACAUGAUGUUUCUUUAGGAUUUUCUACCUGGCUUAAAGCAGUAGCAACUACGCCGCACCAAAAGCCUUAAAAGCCAUUCAUAGAGCCUUAUUGCACUGUGUUCUGUUGCAAACUUAACAUGGAGAGGAUCUGUUUUUCUUUUCAUGUGACUCCUUGGAAUUGAUUCCGAGGGGAUGCUAUCAGCACUUUAGUUCCUAUUAAUUUUGUUUCUGUGCUUUUCUUCCCCAUCUCACAUGUAA